UCCGGUUUCACACUGGAGGUUCGAAAAUAGCUCGAAAUAAGCUCGUCUGUCCCAAUGGUUCUCGUCGCAACCCCUCUGAGGGCGAGAGGAGAGGCGAGGGAGAGGUAUGAGAAUGGGUAUGGCUACCUUUUCGCGCUGCUUUGGUGCAGUUUUCUUGCUCGUUGCGCUUCGGGACAUUGUUUUUGAUGUGUGUUUCCUAUCGACGACUUUGAGAUUCUAGUUGCGAGGCUCUGGAUUGCCCUGUCGGCGAAGAAUCGGGCAUGUAAGUCUGGUUUGUUGAAAAUCAGGAAAUCUGCGCAUGUUCUGGUCAAGAGUACAUGUUGUUGGUUAAGGGUUCGCAUUUUCAGUGUGCGGUUGGUGAGCGGAGGCGAGGGGAAGCGUUGCGGAGGUUUUAACAUGCCCGCCCCGGGUGAUAGAUAUGACGAGGAUGACCGAAGCUCGACCGAUGACGAAGGGAACGAGGAAGCGGCGAACCUACGGAAUGGAGAGGCUUCAAGUAGAGGCCAGUACAACUACAACAGCUUGUUCAAGCUCGAUAUUCCUCAAGGUCAAGACGAUGUGCACAUCAGCAGUAGCAACAGCAGUGAGGAUGGGAGCGAUUCGGGAAGAGACAAUUGGAGGUUGAAUGGACAUGCCAAUGGUGGUGAUGCCGAGAGGCCUUCAGACAUUCAAUCUGAAAUGACCAUGAAGAGAAAACGAGUGCAAGUGGAGGCUGAUGCUGGUUGCAACUCCGCAAGAAGAGAUGAUUCAGACAGCAACGACGAAGAUGAAGAUGAUUCAAUCUACGCUAUCUCCGAAGAAGUAUACAGGGAGAUGCUCUCUGAGCAUUAUCAAAGGUACAAGAGAGCUCGGUUACAAGAAGCUGUGGCCGCUCGCUCAAGUGUUGCGGCCGUUCGUCGAAUUGAGAAUGCGAAGCAGAAGGCCUUGGGCAACCACCAAACGGAUCCCAAUGGCUUCGAUGGUUCUAAUCAUCAAACUUCAGAAUUUGCCAAACAGUACUCCCGAAAAAACCGCAUGAAGAAGACUGACCAAUAUGGAAAUACCAUGAAGGAUCUCUAUUCUGGAACAAUGUCUGGUAUAUCUCCAGGUGGGUCAGAGAUGCACACGGGAUCGACAAUUGAGCGCAUGACGGCCGAAGGGGGUCCUUUAUACAAUCUGCUUGAUAUUGGGGGCGGAGUCCAAUUUCAAAUCCCCCCUGCAUAUGAAAGGUUGGCCUCCAGUCUCCGCCUGCCAGAUCUGGCAGAAUUGCAGAUAUCCGAGCGCAUUUUAAGUGGGAAAAUCAGCUCAACUUCACUGUUACCUAGAAUGGCUUCUGACCCCAGGGCGAAGUUAUGGCGUCUCAGAGCGGGUAUGGGGGAGAGUUGGGACAGUCUCAGAUACCCAGGGGGUAUGCUGAGAAUGUUUCAGGAAGAGGGUCACAGAAGAUUUUCUUUGCAGGUGUUGGACAGAGCGAGCAUGCAUUUGUCCUCAAGUUACAUUGCGGAAGGGUCGACUGGACCAUCUCUUGGUCUUGAAGCUUUGGACGGGAGCCAACAAGGCGAUCCCAUCACACUCAGGCACAUAUCUUCUGAUGGGGGUCUGAUGAGCCAUUGCGAAGUGAAAAUAAUCGAAAGGGGUGAUGGCUAUGAGGUCAUACAACGAAGGAUUGAGAGGAAGGAGUCUAGAAAAGAUCCAGCCCUGGUUGCGCGGGAGGAUUUCGAUAAGAUUGGAAGACACUGGGCAAACCUCGUGCGGAAAGAUCUCCCCAAACACCACAAGUUUUUCAUGUCGUACCACAAGAGACAGCUGGUCGAUGUAAAGCGCUUUGCAGAAUUUUGUCAACGCGAGGUGAGGACAAGAAACAUGCGAUCUUUGAAGCUGUUGCGGGCUGCUCCAAUGCGGAUAAGACGACUAGCUAGAGACAUGGUUAUAUUCUGGAAGAGAGUGGACAAAGAGCAGGCUGAGGUACGUAGGAAGGAAGAGAAGGAUGCAGCGGAUGCGCUGAAGCGACAGGAAGAGCUUAGAGAAGCUAAAAGACAGCAGCAACGGUUAAAUUUCCUUUUGACUCAAACAGAGUUGUACAGCCACUUUAUGCAAAAUAAAUUGGCUGGAGGAACACCUGCAGUGAUUGACACCACUGCAGUAAUCUCAGCCUCAGAUGAUACUGCUGCUGCCAACGACACAAAGCUUAGUGAAGAAGAUGCUGCUGAAGAAGCAGCACUCAAGGAAGAAGCCGUGCGUGCUGCAACGCAAGCAGCUGCACAGGCGAAGAACAGGACGAACGCAUUUGACAGUGAAAGUAGCAAGCUUCGUCUAGCUGCGGGUCUAGAGGAUGACGAACGAGAUGGAAUGCAAGUAGACGGCGCCUCUGACAUUGAUCUUCUGAACCCGUCGACAAUGCCAACCACGUCCUCAGUGCAGCAACCAAAAUUGUUUCAAGGAAUUUUGAAAGAGUAUCAGCUCAAGGGUUUGCAGUGGCUUGUCAAUUGUUAUGAGCAGGGUUUGAACGGUAUUCUAGCUGAUGAGAUGGGUCUGGGGAAGACUAUUCAGGCGAUGGCUUUUCUUGGACAUCUCGCUGAGGAGAAAAACAUAUGGGGACCGUUUUUGGUGGUUGCUCCCGCGUCUGUCCUGAAUAACUGGGCAGAUGAAGUGAACCGGUUCUGUCCAGAUUUGAAAAUUUUGCCCUACUGGGGUGGGCUGAAUGAACGUACUGUUCUGCGAAAGAACAUAAAUCCCAAGCGCCUCUAUAAGAGGGACGCAGGUUUUCAUGUUCUCAUCACAAGCUAUCAGCUCUUGGUGUCCGAUGAGAAGUAUUUCAGGCGAGUGAAGUGGCAGUACAUGGUUCUUGAUGAAGCACAAGCCAUAAAGAGCGCAAGCAGCUUGAGGUGGAAGACACUGCUGAGUUUCAACUGUCGAAACCGUCUUCUGCUUACGGGAACGCCCAUUCAGAACAGCAUGGCAGAGCUAUGGGCACUUCUGCACUUCAUUAUGCCAACCUUAUUUGACAGUCAUGAACAAUUUAGCGAGUGGUUUUCCAAAGGAAUUGAGGGCCACGCGGAGCACGGAGGCACUUUGAAUGAACAUCAGCUUACUCGAUUGCAUGCAAUUCUGAAACCUUUUAUGUUACGGCGCGUGAAGAAGGAUGUCAUCACGGAGAUGACCAACAAGAAAGAAGUUGUGGUAUCUUGCUCACUAAGUUCACGACAGCAGGCUUUCUACAAGGCCAUAAAAAACAAGAUUUCAGUCGCCGAUUUGUUUGAUAGCAAGGGUGCUAUGAAUGACAAGAAAGUUCUCAAUCUUAUGAAUAUCGUCAUCCAGCUGCGGAAGGUUUGCAAUCAUCCAGAGCUUUUUGAGCGCAAUGAAGGCAAUUCCUUCCUACACUUUGCUGCGAUGAAAAAUUCCCUCCUUCCUCCAACCUUUGGUGAGCUGGAGGAGAUACACUAUGCUGGAUCAUGCAACCCAAUCUCAUACCAGGUUCCCAAGCUGUUAUAUCGAGAUGGCAUGCGCUGUCUUCCCACCUCCAACUCGGGUUCCUGUCAAGGUUUCGCAGAAAAGUGGUUGAAAAAUAGAUUGAGUAUAUUUUCCGCGGACAAUAUUCAUUAUUCCAUCUUCUCACAGAGUGAAGGCGGUGACUGUCAGGGGUCAUAUAGUAGAAGCGGCGGUUUUGGGUUCUGUCGACUUCUAAAUUUAUCUCCUUCUGAAGUUCAGUUUUUGGCCAAAGCUUCUACACAGGACAGGUGGUUGUAUUCUAUAUUGCUGGAUGAUAGUCCUUUGAUAGGACAAAUUCUUGCUCAACAAGAGAAAAGCGAUUCUGGGGAUGAAUUGCUCGAAGCUGACAUCGAGGAUCCCAAAACAAGAGCUGUUAGGAGAUUGUUGAUGAUCCCUGGUCGGUCUGAGUCUUCUCUUCUUCGUGAGAAACGCUUCACUGGUCGUAUAUCGGAUCCUUUUGAGGCCUUGAUCAUUUCCUACAAGGAGAGGUUUCUUCAGAGUGUUGGGUUGUUGCGCUCGGUGCGUAAGCUGAUGCCGGCGGUCCGAGCCCCUCAGAUAGAUAUAGUUUGUUCGGACCGUGGGUUCAGUUUCCAAAGAACAGAAGAGCUGCAAGAUCCAUGGAUGAAAAGAUUGUUGGUGGGGUUUGGUCGGACUUCUGACUAUAAUGGACCUUCACUUCCUCGGGCCCCUCAUCAUUUAGUAGAGGAACAGGCUGUGAAGAUAAAAGUGCAAGAGCCUCUUCUUUCACUACCAUAUCGAAUAUUUGGAUCAGCGCCUCCUGUGAGGAGCUUUGAUUUUGCGAAAAUGUUAACAGAUUCAGGCAAGCUUCACAUUCUAGAUGGUUUGCUGAAGUGUCUUCGGGCAGGAGAUCAUCGAGUACUUUUGUUUGCACAAAUGACGAAGAUGUUAAACAUCUUGGAGGAUUAUAUGAAUUAUCGCAAGUACAAGUAUCUACGGCUUGAUGGUUCUUCAACAAUAAUGGAUCGACGUGAUAUGGUGAAAGAUUUUCAGCAUAGGGGAGACAUAUUUGUCUUUUUGCUGAGUACUAGGGCAGGUGGGCUGGGUAUAAAUUUAACGGCAGCAGAUACGGUCAUCUUUUACGAGAGUGAUUGGAAUCCGACAAUGGACUUACAAGCAAUGGACAGGGCACAUCGUCUUGGUCAAACCAAGGAGGUAACCGUAUACAGGUUGAUCUGCAAAGGAACAGUCGAGGAGAAAAUUAUGAAACGAGCCAGUCAGAAAAACACUGUGCAGCAGUUGGUUAUGACUGGUGGACAAUCACAAGGAGAUGUUUUCCAGGCGGAAGAAGUGGUUUCGUUGCUACUUGACGAUGCAGAGCUUGAGCAAAGGUUGAAGGAGCAGCAGCAGGUGUCGAAGGCAACGGACAAAGCUGAGAAGCGCAGGAAAGGAUGGGGCGGAGGUUCUGCGAAGGGUGUCCGGUUGGAUGCUGAGGGUGGAGGUGCAUCAUUAGAUGAAGAGGCAUUGGUUGCCCUAGGAGAUGGAUUGAAAACAUCUCAGGAUGGUUCUAAUUUACCUCCCGAUGGAGAUAGAGCAGUUGUGGGAGUAACAGAAGGAACCGCAGAGAACGUUGGACGCGGAGGUGGAAGAAAGAGGAGGCGUGGUGAAGGAAGAGCACCAAGACCACCGAAGGCUCCGAAGCCCCCGAAGGAGCCAAAACCAGCCAAGGAACCAAGAGUGCGUAAAGACCGGAGGCAGCCCAAGGUACCGCGACCUCCCCGAACCCCGGGAUUGCCAAGAGUGAGGGCUGGUAGACCUGGCCGGCCUAAGAAGUCUGAAAAGUCUCCUGCGACCUCUGGGUCUGUACCUCCUGAGUCAUUGGGAUUGUUAUCUUCAGUCACCGGAAGAGCCGAUGGACAUCAGCAGACUGUUGAUUCUGCUGCCAAUGGCGAGUCCAGUACUCCUGUAAAGCCUUCGGCACAUUCAGGGGAUGCAAGCAAUGGAGAACAGGUAAAUACGUUUGGUGUGAGCUCGGACGCUACAGCUGACAAUGGUAACAGAGAGUUGGAAUUGCCUCAAGGUGCCGAUUUUGUGAAGAGUGGGCUAGGAAAGGGGAAGAAUCGUGGAGGCAAGGAGAAGUCAGGAGCUCUGGAGGUUGUAGGCAUCGGUAAAGCACGUUCUCGUCCCCCAAAAAGGAGAAAGAAUUCGUUGGAUUUAGAUAGUAAAACUGUAGGUUUAAAUCAUACUUCAAUGAAUAGCGGUACUUCACACUCCCUUGUGGGAACCCUGAAACUCAGUCUCCACAGUCAACAAAAGCAGCCUCUAGCCGACAGAAGUUUGUCUUCACUAUCAACAGAGGAUCCUUUGUAACAUUCUGUCAAGUAACGUGAAUUGGACCCCAUAACAAAUGGGUUGAACUGAACGACCGGGGACGACGUGGGGUCAGCAUUUUUAUUGUUCAUUAAUAGUGCCAUCAAUCAAGCAAAUAACCGCUGAUCAUUGGAGUUCUGAAGUGGUGUUCACAACCCAUGGUCCCUUUUGUAUGUAGUAUAGCUGUAGUGAGCGCAGUAAAGCGGUGGAAAUGUAGGCGGUGUUCCAGUCGAUCUUUACAGAUUUUAUUGGUGCUCAUGGAUUCUCUAUUUUCAUGUCCAAAGAAAGGAGAAUGAAUGUCUUUAGUUUCUCGAGAGUUCUACAUCAAUAAAAAAACGGCCA